AUGGAUGACUUCGAUGCUUUGACCCAGGCUGAGGCUGAGGCUUCUGAUGGGAACAAGGGAGGCGUGACUGCUGCUCCCAAAGCUUCAGGCAAAGCAAAGGCCAAGGCAAAGGGCGGUGGCGGCGAGACAGCCUCCAAUUGCUUCGUUUGUGAGGAGAAGAAGUUGCGGAACAGCAAGUUUUGCAAGAGUCACCAUCGCGCAGCUGAGAAUAUGAAGUACCAAGCUCAGAAUGCCAAGCCUCCUGAGCUCACUAGCUACAACCAGGUGAUGAACGACCCAAGCAAGGCAAAAAUUGCAAUUGAAGACUUCAUGAGGGACAACCCUGAGGGAUCAGGCCGCAAGCGUCUCAUAGAUUGGGCAGCUUGGAAGCGUGACCAUGGUGUGAGGCUCUCCUACACUGUGCGAGAAGGUGAGGAGCUGUUGGACAUCGAUGACUACUAUGUGAUGCGCUCUUUGCCCAGGGGCAAAUCCAGAGCAGAGUCUGAUGCUGCCUUCAAAGAACUUUUGCAGGGCCUUAUGAUCGAGAAGGUGAGGGUCCACUCACGAAGCUUUGGGAGCGCUUCCACCAAAGCUAUCACCAACGAGGCAGGUCCUGUCAAGCGUGGUCCUGAGCAGGUGGAGGAAUCCGAUGACUUGCCUGGAAUCGAGAAGUUGGUCUCUGAUGCUUCUGACAAGCUCAAGAAAUCCAUUGCUUCUGUCCAGCCUGCCGCUGACCCAGAUGCCCCCAACGACCCUGAGUUAGAUGCUUACAUGCUGACUGGCAGCAGCAGGUUGUCUUCUGGUGCCAUGAAGAGCCCUGGCGAGAAAGUGUCUGAGAUGCUUCGCCAUGCAGCUGAUGAUGGUGGGAAAGGCUCAAUGGUGGUCCAAAGCCUUCCACAGUUGCUCUCCCUCUUGGAAAUGACAGAGCUGUGUGAAAAGGUUUUGAACUCUCAGGGCAUGCUGGAGUUGGAUGAGAAGUUGGAGUGCUGGAAGCACUCUGUGGAGCAGGUCAAGCUUCUGGUUGCUGGAAUUUCCAAGAGCGCCCAGAAUAUCACCUCGCAUGUUGCCAACCUAUCCCGCAAACAGAAGCGGGAGGAGACCAAACGCAAGAAGCAGCAAGAGUCGACUGCUGUUGCAGAGGCCAAAAAGAUGGCCAAAGCAGCAGCCAAGAAGGUCAAGGACCAGGAGGACACUGUCGAUCCGAUCUUCGAAGUUGGCUUGGACAAGCUUCAACAUGAUAUGGUCAUGGGGCCCAUGAAGGAAGUGGCUGGCAGUGAGUGGUCAGAGUUCCCCACGGUGGAUGAGCCGAUCCUUUUCAAGGACAACAGGAAGAUCUCCGAGUGGGCCAAUGAACCAAAAAUGCAGUUGGCCCUUGGUAGCUUUGGCGGCCGAUACAAGAAGACUGACAUGUUCUCUCGGAGUGGCAAGGCUCAAAUGGUUCUUUUCGCUAAGGAAGGAAAAGAAGAGUCCCAUGCUCUCAUCAGCAACUUCACUGCACCGAUCCCUGAUGACAACAAAGUGAAGGGCGAGAAUGAUUUCUCUAAGAUUACGGACACUUUGUGGUUGUUUGGCUAUGAUCCUGCUCUGACGAGCAUCUCAGCAACCCCAAAUGGCAUGGCAAUGAUGAAGGUUCUCGCGUUUGGAGAGGUGAAGUGGUUGGUAAUGGAGAUUUCUUCCACUGUUGCCGCUCUGAGGGCGGAACUUGGUGUGGAUGUGAUCAAAGCUGAUGAUUUGGAGGCAUUGAUUGGUUCCUUGACCUAUGGCAACCUCGAGAACUGCAAAAAACAUGGAAUGAAAGCAAAAUCAUGCCUGCAGCGCCCCAAUGAAGCGGUCUUUGUUGCAGCGGGUUGGAUUGCUGCAGAGCAGUCUGUGAAGGGCAUGCUGAUCUAUGGACUCCGUGCGAGUUUGCUGCUGAAGUCUGAGGCCUCAUGCCACAGCUAUGAGGCUUACAUCGGCCUCAAUAGUGCUUCUGGGAAACCAGUAGACAAGAUGCAGCAAGUGCUUGACUUGAUGCAGGCAUAG